CAUAAAAUUCUUAUUGUCUAUCAUAAAAUAUGAUAAUAUUUAUGAUAGACAGUUAGAAAGAUAUUUCAUGAUAGGCAAUAAUAAAAACAAUUCUUGAUAGACAGUAAGAAAUAUUUUUCAUGAUAGACAAUAAGAAAUAUAUAUUUCAUGAUAGACAAUAAGAAUAUUUUUUCUUAUUUAUCAUUUACAUAAAAAAAUAUUGUCUAUCGUAAAACAUGGUUUUCUUAAUUGUCUUUCCUAAACAUAUAUAUUUUAUUUAUUUUCUAAUAUAAAAUGAAUCUUUCAUACUGGGAUUAAUCUUAUCAAUUAAAAAAAUAGAAAUGAACAUUACUGUUCAUUUAACUUUAACCAUUGUUUAUCUGCCAUCAUAUGGCUUCAAGAUAAGUUUAAUGAAUUUUAUUAUAAUAAUAAGGUAAUAAGUGAUACUGGUUAUGAAAGUUUAUCUUAAAAGCAGGGGAGAGUUCAGGAAUAGACGUUAGAGAGGGCAUACCUAAGGGGUGUACUCCGCUCCCCAAGAAAGGGCAUACCUAAGGGGCGUACUCCGCUCCCCAAGAGAGGACAUACCUAAGGGGCGUACCCCUCCCCCCAAGGGUCCGCUAGACGUAAGCAAUUUGUGAAGACAUCAGAAAGACAUACAAGUGAACAUAACACAUCGGUGGCCUUCAAGUAGUGGUGAUAUUGACUUCAUGGCAUAUCUUGCACAUGUUCAAGGAUUGCGUUCUGCUACAAGACUGGAGAAAAUAACUUUUUUCUCAGUUUUAUGGCAUGUAUGCUUUUCUUGUUUUCAACAAAUAUCACACGGAUGAUGGAUACAUUUUCACCAGUAUUGGAAAUUGUUGGAAGACGUGGAAACUGUUGUUUAUAUACGGAUGAAGAAACAUCAAGAGGACAUAAUUAAAGGAGGUUGCGCUGUUUGAAUUUGUUGUUUUUAUGAGUUCACAUCGCCUGCACAUGAUGGUAUUUGAAAGGUGUAGUUUAUUAAUUUCCACUCCUUUGAGAUAGAAUGCAAACUUUGAAGACUUUAGUGAUGGGGCAUGUGCCGGGUGUGCCAUCCCCCCUCCCACGGAAGCGUUUGUGUUAACUGUUGGUCAUUGCAAUUGCUCAUUGAUCUGUGAUAGACUGCAGACUGUGAGCAGAAAUCAUUGAUUGGCAAUUGAAGCCAAUUCUAUUUCUUUCUCACUUACACUUGUUUGAUCAAUGUACUUUUCUUUAUAUUAUCAAAGAACAUAUUUGAUGCAAAAAUUAAAAUAUAUCAAUUGAUUUUGUUAAUAUGUACCUUCAAAUGUCCAUAAAAGAAAUGGUAUAUGAUAGAGUUAUUUUUGUAUGACAUACAUAAAUAUCAAUUAAAAUAUUUCUUUGAUAGACACUAACAACUUCGUAUUAAAAGGUACAUAUUAUUGAGAUGCGGACAACAGUUUCAUAAACGUGAUACUUUUAAGCCUAAAAUCUGUUUGCUCAAUAGCCUAUUUCGUCAAGCUAAAUAAUCUGUGAUAGACAACAGUUUCAACGUAUUUAUAAACGUUGCAUUAAAAUAGUUCAUGAUAGACUCCUAAAAAAGUAUGGAAUAUACUAUAAUAUAGUAAUAUUGCCAUUCCUUUUAUAACAUAAAAGUAAAAAAAAAUAUCACGACAAAGAUGAACGACAUUAAUAAUUCUGAUGGCCUCAAGCAGGUCCGAUCAUAAUUUAGGAUAGACAACUGGGCCGACCGUCAUUUCUUCACACUGAACGAUGUCGCUUCUACGUUAAUUCUAAGGAGCUACCCCGAAAAGAAAGGCUCCUGGUGACAAGCCUGAUGCUAAAAUGGAGGUAACUAAGGUUUACGAAAAGGCAAGAAAACGAAAGUUCCAGUCAAGACCAAGAGAAGAGGACGACUUGGAAACACUCGACUGAAUGAUUUGAUGGCUAUCAAGAUCAUGUCUCCAACCAUCGAAGAGUUCGACCCUAAAGCAGCCAUCGCUGAAUGGAUGACCUCAACUCCAUCUGGCCAGACGAGAUGAGUAGGAGAGCGUAUAAAGCAGCCUGCCAGACCCAAGGAGGUCAUCACCCAUGCAGACUCUGAUCUCGACCAGGCAGAUGAGAUGGACCAGGCAGACGAGAUGGCAGACACAAGCUCUCAAAGUACCAGUGAAAUCCAGUCAACUACGACAUCGCUGGUGCAAGAGAAGAUGAUGUAUGAUGGAGACGAUAGUGACGGAGAAAGCGACUGCGAGAUGUCAGAAGACCUUGUGUUUUCAUUGUUGAUGGAAUACAGUAGAGAUUAAAAUGAGAAAACAGUUUACUGGUGUUAUAGCUUUAUUACCUUACACAUAUAUUAAAAUAUCUCUGUUAAAAAGUUAUUUUGGUUCGGGCUAGUGAAACUUGAUUCGGGCUAGUGCUUUUUCCAGGCUGCUAGCCCGACUGGGCUAGUGCUUGAAAAAAAAUAGUGCGAAGACUGCUUGUCAAGUGUAAAGAGACACCUGUCCGAGAAUGGUAGGCGGAUUUCUGUUUGUUAUUAUUAUCUAAAACAACUAAAGUUAAUAUAUAAACACCUUAAUAGUUAUAUAUUUUAUAGUUGCCUAUAAUUUUAUGCACAGACUUUGAUUAUUUUAAUCAUAAUCGACUCGUUUUGCAGAGUACGAAGGCGAUGUCAUGGGCGGAAAAGAGUUCAGACUCACACGGGACACGCUAAAAGCGAAAUGAGUGGACUUGAAAGAAAAGGGACUUGGCAAUAAAAAACAGAGAGCCGAUCCCUUCACUUCCUCAGAGAUUCAACAACUCUACGAAAAGGAACUUCUUGGAGCCGCCUCUCCAAUUUCCCUCACAAAUACCAUUUGGCUUAACAACACCAUGCACCUUGGAUUGCGAGGAAGACAGGAUCACUUGACCAUGUUGUGGGGGGACUUGGAAUUAAGCCAGACCUCCGAUGGUGUGAGUUACUUGGCCUUCACGGAGAGGGCGACAAAAACAAGAAACGGAGUUGCUGGUGACCACAGGCAAUAUGUACCUAAGCUCUUUGAACAGCCAGGAGACCCAAACUGCCCUGUAAGGUUGUAUCAGCUUUACAAGGAAAAGAGACCACCUCAGAUGUCCGCCCCAGAAACAAGGUUUUAUGUAGCCCUGAAUCCAAAUUUUGGAAAGGGAACAGAAUCAAAUGAUCUCUGGUUCAUCAACCAAAACCUGGGAAAAAAUAAAUUGGGACAACUGGCCAAAACCAUGAGUGAGCAGGCUGGAUUUCAGGCUAGGCAUGUUAAUCACUCUGCAAGAAAAACAUGCAUUACAAAUUUGCUGGAUGCCGGUUGUUUCCCCACUGAGGUGGCACAGCUGACUGGUCACAAAAAUCUGAUGUCUCUAAAUCAUUACCAUAAAAACAAUAUAGAAAAGCAGCAAAACAUGUCCAAUAUUCUUCAUAUGUGUAAGAGAAAAGAACCAUUGACAAAUCCAGAACCAGAACCAGUUACUAGCAUGAAGGAAUUUGAUGAUGAUGACAAUCAGAAACUUGUAGCAGCAUCCCAGGAAAUUGAGCUAGCGCUAUCCUCCAUCCAAACAUAUGAAGAGAUUCCUGUAAGAAAACCAACACAUGAUGAAGCUGAACAAGUUUUAGACCUUCCCAUUAAACAAAGCCCAGGUGGAACACUGAUCCUGCAAAAAUUUAUGAAGGACACUCAGUCACUGUUUAAUGGUAGUCCAAAUAAUUGUACGUUGACGGAUUUUUUUUAGAUUUUUGAUAUGGCAAAUCCUUCACGUACAAAUUGUUUAGUAUCAAAAGUGGGUAGUUGUUCCGAUCAGGAUUCCGGGUUAAAGCAUAUAGCGUCUAUAAAAUAUCAUAAAAACAAGAAAUAUUACCAGAUAAUGUUAUUUUAUAUUAGUUCCGUACACAAAAAAAAUAAAUAUCCAACUUAUAAUUAUGAGUUUGACGGCUUUUCUUCAUUUCAUUCUGUCAAAACAUAACGAUAUAUACAUGAAGGGCACCUGCAAGGCUUUAGGGCACAGUUUUAAAUCGAUAGGAACAUUUCGGCCAUGGCCGAGUUGUUACGAUUGUAUAACGAGGUCUAUCUCGAAGCUUUGUCGGAGGAGGACGAGCUAUUACGAUUGUAUCGAGUUGUUCCCCUUCGCAUAAUUGUUGUCUGUGUCAGUCAACUUUCGUUUUAUUGAAAAGGUAAACAACUUGUUUUAAUGCGUUUAAUGCUUGUUUAGUGAAAAAUAACAUUUCACUUACAUGGUAAAAUAUGAAUAUAACUCUUUAUGAUCAAUUUCAACCAUAAAAUACUUCACUUAAAACAAUUUCAAUAUUUUUAAAACACCCCCGUUUUUUGCACAUUCCCGUUUAGACGUUAGGGAUUGGAAGAAUCCCGUAUAACACGUCUAUUAUUUUA